AUGGGUGCGACAGCUGCGGGUUGCAGAUCGCUCGCGCCGAGCGCCUGGGUGCUGUCGGCGCUGAGACUCCGCUUGGGUUCCUUCGGCCCGACGCCCGUGGGGCAGAGGCGAGCGAGGCCAGAUCCGCCGCGGCGAAAUCGUCCCAGCCGUGAACUGGCACAAGAACUAUCAGCAACCCUUGCUCCCAGGGUGUACCCCCGGGCGGACUUCCUGCGGCUGCUGCACAAGCACCGGGGCCGCUUCCGGGCCCAGUCUCCCGAGGAGGCUGUGGACAGCACCUUCCGCCCGCUGAAGGCGGGCGACGAGUGCGCGGCCACGGUGCUGCUGGAACUGCCACGGCGGGCGCCCGCGCCGGUGCCGUAG